CCCCACUGAAUGACAGAUUCUGAAAGUAGAAACCAGAGACACCUCAAAUAAUAUCGCAUAACAAAACUAACGCACGCAGAAGUGGAUGUUUGCUUUGACCAGUGGAAUACUAGAAGUAGAAUAACUAAAGCUGAAAAGGGGAAGCGUUUGCAGGUGCCCAGGUAUCCAGCAGUGAAGAAGGUGUUGACUGAUUGGGUAGCUGUAUGUGUGAGGCCACACCCGGCAAUGGAACCCUGGCCUGCAGUGGCCUGGGUCCUGCUGCUAAGCCUGAUUGCUGAUUGGCUGAAAGCAGUCCACUCUCGGGAGUUUACAGUGCAAGACAUCAUCUACCUCCAUCCUUCUACCACCCCAUACCCCGGUGGGUUCAAGUGUUUCACGUGUGAAAAUGCUUCAGAUAACUAUGAAUGCAAUCGAUGGGCACCAGAUGUUUACUGCCCACGAGCAACAAGAUACUGUUUCACACGUCACAAAAUGGAUUCCAGUGGGGAGAGUAUAUCAGUCACUAAGCGCUGUGUAGCCCUGGAGAAUUGUUUGUCUACGGGAUGCACUCAGCCUGAUCAUGAAGGACAUGAGGUCUGCACUUCUUGUUGUGAAGGAAAUAUCUGCAACUUGCCAUUGCCAAGAAAUGAGACAGAGGCAAUCUUUGCAACAACUUCUCCACUCAGCAGAACUACGCAGCAUUUUCAAAGCAGCUCACUCGUUUUAAUCUGUAUCAGCAUCAUGUUUCUGAUGCUUGUGUAGCUGAUGCAAAAGUGAAACUGGCUCUGUAAAACACCCUUCAUAUUAUUUCAAAGUGUAACUUAUAAUUACUGGUCAUGUGAUAGUUUACAGUAUUUUCUUCAAGGAUGAAAAUGUGAAGCUCAGGAAAGCACAUUUAUUAAAUGAUGUAAAAAUAGAAACAGCCACAGAUUUCCAAGUCAGUCACUGUGAAUCUCUGACAUGCAGUGCAUUAAAGGGUUAGUCACUCUAAUGGACCUUAUAACAGUCACUGGAACCCUGCAUUUUUAGGCAAUUCGCAUCCUUCUCCUUUCCCACAAUGCUUAGUGGUCCAGGAUUGGCACUUUGUGAUGGGUCAAGUUAAAUUAAAUGUAAAUAAAUACUGGUUUGUAGUGCAGCUGUUUAAUUAAGUUAGUUGUAUAUUUUCUUUCCAUUUCUCCUGUACAGUUUUUAUAUAGUAUUUAUUUUUGUAUAAUACAUUUAUAUUAGAACAUAAAAUAUACUAAGAAAAAAAAUGUUUUAGGCACCAAAACUUAAAAAAAAAAAAAAACAUUUCUGUGAUACCUCCAUCUUUCCCGUUUUGUGAUGUGAACAAUAUGAAGAACAUUUUAAGAAUUGCUUCAAACACAUUUUUACGAAAAUGCUCCUUUUUUCCCAUGCUGUGGGGAUGAAGGGAUAGUGGAAAAAUGGUUGUCACUGGAUUUAGAGGCUAUGCUUGUUAGCUCAGCAUUAGGAUGUUUGUGGCACAUACAGUAGGGGAUUCAUUACUUAAAGAUCCCCAAUCAAAUCUUUAGCACAGUACCGAUCUCUUUAUCAAUGUGUGGGUACCUGUAGCUGUACAGUAUAUAAAUACUGGUAAAGUUGUAAAUAAUAAGCACAAACUCAUUUGUUUCUUCGUGUAACGUUAAUGUAAAUAUUGUAGACAUUGUAAAUAUACAUUGAUACAUUGCCACUGUUCACAUUAAAAACAUUACAAAACAUUUUUAAAAACCCACUAGUUGUGAUUUUAUUUGAAAUAAAAAGGUGUUAGUUAAAGAACAGUAAGUGAACUGUUGUAACUGAAUCGUUGGAAAGAAGACCCAUGUAGAUGUGCAAUGUCAGCAGGCAUUAUGUUCAGCUGUGAAUCUAGUUCUACUAGAGCUCAUUUUUAUCUACACACCAUCUGCCAGUACUACACCUACAGAAAGGUGAAUAUGAUCAAGAAUUG